AUGAGUAGCGACGAGGAUACUGCGGCGCUCAUGGCCGCUUUCAAGAAGGGCGCUGCUAAGCCCAAAUCCAAUGCAUCUCCGACACAGCCUGAAGCGCAGCCCUCCCACCAUGCCUCUUCCUCCAAGGAUGAAUCCAUUAUACAUAUCCAGACGGCAACAACAACGCGAAAGCUGCUGUGUGUGCGUAUACCACCAGCCACGAUCAACAGGGCCGACUACACAUACUACGAGCCGAAAGAUGAGGUUGAAUACAUUAUGCGGGAAUUCUCCGAGGGUAAUGGAGACAUGUCAUACCAGGUCCGGUUGGUUGGGAAGCAAGUGAAGCAGAUUUCCUUUGAACAACUGCUUGAGCUUCCUGGCGGCCCAGAAGCGUUGGAGGCAUUCCAACCAGACGACGAGCCCAGCGCAACAUCGAGCGAAGACGGCGAUAUGAAACUACGAGAGAGAUCUUCAAAAGCUACAAAGAAGGACUAUGUGGACAUCUCGACGUUCCCUCUCUCUUCAUCGGAAGACGAUAGUCAAGAUGAAUCUGCAAUGGCUUCAGGCGCACAGCGACGUAAUCGUCGCGUACGUACAUUGAAGCGUGGUAGUCGCUCAAACCAAUCGUCGACCCGUUCCUUGGCUGCGCUGUCUACGAGCGACGAAGACUCGGACAUGGCUAGCAAUAAGCGGAGAGGCCGGAAGCGCAAAGGAACACGGGAGCCCACGCGCCGUUCAGCGAGACAGUCAAUGCCAGUACAGGUAUAUGAGGAAGACGACGAAGACGAGGACGAGGAUACAGACGACUUGAGCGCCUCAGAAAUUCUGCGCUCGAAUCUGGGACCUGGUCGCAAGCGCAAACGACAAUCAUUGCGUACCGAGAAGCCUGAAAAGAUUCGCCGAAUGGGCGUGCGACAGUCUGAUCGAGCGACACGCGCUACGAACAACAUGCAGGAAGCAGACAUGGAUGAUAUCUAUCGAUCAGACUCGGCGCCAAAAGCAGCUGCCCAGAAGGUUUCUGUCGUUCGCGAGGUGUUUUCAAAACUUCCCAGAGGCAACCCCUUUCGUGCACGUCACGCAGAGGGCUGUGAAGUGUGUUUUGAUGGACCCAACGUGGCGCCUUUGGUCUACUGCCAAGGAUGUUCGUGCGCGUAUCACAAGAAUUGCCUUGGUAAUCGAUCUACUCGCGACCACCUCGUUACAAAGAUUGGCGAUGACGACUUUGUUUUGCAGUGCAAGCGGUGCAUCAACGUCUACAAGAAGAAGGAUGCGACUGCGCCAGACCUGUCCAGGUGCCAGGACUGUGCAACAUCUGGCGCCUCGUGUCGACCUUUUAGGGGCCGUAAAACCACUCAGCAAGAAAUGAAGGAGCGCGAAGAAAACGACGGCUACGAUCCUGUUGUCGAUGUCCCCUCUGAACUGGUCAACAACCCUAACAAUGUCAUGUUUCGAUGCACGAAAUGCUCUCGAGCAUGGCAUUACCAUCACCUGCCACCGCUAUCACCAUAUGCCAUGGAAGUCAACCGCGAUGACGAGGAGCUGGCGGAAGAGCGCUUUCGCGAGUACUCGAGAAAGUGGCUCUGUAAAGAGUGCGACGAAAGCAAUGACCGCAAGGUUGGUGGCAUCGUUGCCUGGCGCCCGUCGGAUGUGGAGUCGUAUCGACCAGGUACUCCUUGCGAGUUAAUCUGUGAAGACGACAAGCAGUACCUAAUCAAAUGGGAAAACGAGUCUUACUUCCGGGCAGCAUGGCACUCUGGAGCCUGGACCUGGGGCGUUACUGCGGGAGUCCAGCGGAGAGCCUUCUUCAAACGGGAGGAUGGACCGAAGAUGCACACGGAAGACGCCAUUCCUGAGGAGUUUCUUCGCAUCGACAUUGUGCUCGAGAUCAAGUACACCAGCUUUGUGGACGUCCGGAGCGAAGAGAUUGACAAAGCUCGCAUCAAAGAGGUUGACAAGGCUCUCAUCAAGUACAAAGGUCUUGGAUACGAAGACGCAGUUUGGGAGAGUGUACCUACGCCCGAAGACGGCGAUCGAUGGCUGGACUUUGUCACAGCGUACAACGACUGGGUCGCGGGCCGUUACGUCAAGUGCCCCAAACAGGGGCCUCUCAAGGCCCGCCUCGACAAGCUCCGUAGCACACCGUUUGCCAAGCUAGAGCGAGAGAAACAGCCAGAAAACCUUGUAGGCGGCGAGCUGAUGAAGUACCAACUGGAAGGGCUCAACUGGCUCUACUACAAAUGGUUUGAUCAGAAGAAUGCCAUCCUUGCUGAUGAAAUGGGUCUCGGCAAGACAAUCCAGGUCAUAGCCUUUAUGGCAACACUUGUGCAAGAGCAUGGCUGCUUUCCCUUCCUCAUUGUUGUGCCAAACUCUACUUGUGCCAACUGGCGGCGGGAGAUCAAACAGUGGGCACCGUCUCUGCGUGUUGUCGCAUACUUUGGCUCAGCCAAAGCUCGCGAAAUGGCCUACAAGUAUGAGAUGUUCCCCGAAAAUUCCAAGGACCUACGAUGCCACGUUGUCGUGACGUCUUAUGAUGCGGCCGCCGACGACAGUUGCAGAAGAUUCUUUAGGAGUGUCAGUUGGGCUGGUCUUAUUGUCGACGAAGGUCAACGUCUGAAGAACGACAAGAGUCAGCUGUACACUGCUCUUACUGCAGUACGCGCGCCUUUCCGACUGCUUUUGACCGGUACGCCUCUUCAAAACAACGCUCGAGAGCUUUUCAAUCUGCUGCAUUUCUUGGACGACUCGAUCGAUGCUGCUGAGCUUGAAGAGCAAUAUGCGGAGAUGACUGCAGAGAAUAUCAGGGAGCUUCACGACCAGAUCCGCCCCUUUAUCCUUCGUCGUACCAAGGCCAAGGUGCUCACCUUCCUUCCACCCCUAGGUCAGAUUAUUCUCCCCAUCUCCAUGAGCCACCUCCAGAAGCAAGUGUACAAGUCCAUCUUGUCAAAGAGACCUGAGCUUCUAAAGGCACUCUUUUCUACCGACAAGCAGCUGAAGCAGCAGGAGCGCGCCAAUCUCAGCAAUAUCCUCAUGCAGCUACGCAAAUGUCUCUGCCAUCCAUUUGUCUAUAGUCGUGAGAUUGAAGAGCGAACCGAUGUUGCUGCUGUGUCUCAUCGUAACCUUGUCGAAGCCUCUGCCAAGCUCAGUCUCCUAGAGAUAUUGCUGCCGAAACUCCGGGAGCGCGGCCAUCGAGUACUCAUCUUUAGCCAGUUUCUUGACAUGCUCAACAUCAUCGAAGACUUCCUGGACGGAAUGCAGCUUGCAUAUCAACGAUUAGACGGCUCAAUGGGUUCGCUUGAGAAGCAAAAACGUAUUGAUCAGUUUAAUGCACCCGACUCUCCACUUUUUGCCUUUCUUCUCUCCACCCGCGCUGGUGGUGUUGGUAUCAAUCUUGCCACUGCUGACACUGUCAUCAUCCUGGAUCCCGACUGGAACCCUCAUCAGGAUCUUCAGGCCAUCGCUAGAGCUCAUCGCAUUGGCCAGAAGAAUAAAGUCCUUUGCCUUCAGCUCACAACCCGAGCCACGGUCGAAGAAAAGAUUAUGCAGAUGGGAAAGAAGAAGAUGGCUCUUGACAAGGUGGUUGUUCAGGACUUGGAUAGAGAAGACCCCGAAGACGAGGAUGUAGAGUCAAUACUCAAGUAUGGCGCGGCAGAACUCUUCAAAGACGACAACGCAGAUGCUGAAAUACGCUAUGACGACGCAGCAAUCGAUAAGCUGCUAGAUCGUAGCCAGAUUCAGAAUACACAAACAGGCGAGGAUGAUUCAUCAGAGUCACAGUUUGGCUUCGCACGGAUAUGGGUGAACGAAAAGGGCGCGUUACAGGAUGACUUUGAUAUAGUUGAAGAGGAGGACGCUCCAGAUCCUGGAGUUUGGGAUAAGAUUUUGAAGGAGAGACAGGCUGCAGCGGCUGCCGAAGCACUUGCGCGAGCUGAGGCUAUGGGUAGAGGUCGACGUGCCAAAGCAGCUGUCGACUACGCCAAUGAGAAGAAAGAGGCCGAGAUUGCCUCUAUCGCUGGAGAAGACCAUUUAGAUGACGCAUCCGGUAUUCCUCCCUCGCCUCUCAAGAAGCUGAGCAGAAAGCGCAAAGAGAAGACAGGUUCGGAAAGCGACACCGACUUCCAAGCCGAGUCGGAAGUUGACAGCGAGUCGGGAACCGAGGGCGAGCCUGAACAGAACAGUGCUGCCCAAGAGCUUGACCGUGACAGUCAUAGUACCAAGAACAUCGCCAACCCUUCGCUAUACAAGCACAAUGACGCAGGUGCGUCCCCUCUUCCCCAGCCUCAACCCACAAGGAUCCCAGGUGUCUCUUUCCCUGUGCAGACUCCGCGCAUGGUACCAAGCACAAGACCAAAAGGCGGAUUUGUGAUGUACAAUGGUCCGCCAGGGAAAGGUACCUCACGUAUCCAGGAACCAUCCUCCAUUGUUGACCUCUCGGCUUCAACACAAACAGCGCCAAAAACAGGGAAGGCUAAUAGGUCAUUAGUCAAACCAUUCCAACGCGCACAUUUGCCGAUCCGCAAUCCGCUCGAUCCAACACACGGCUCCCAUGGCAUUCACAUUUGUCCGGCUUGCCAUAAGAACCAUCCACAAGGUGCUUGCGAUCUCAAAGUCGCGGGUGUAGAACAUUGCGGCUUGUGCGGUCUAGCCCACUACGGCCACGCUCGCACGUGCCCUCAUAUUAGGUCUGAAACUCAAGUCCGUGAAAUGCUGGAGGCUCUGAAAAACUCUCCAGAAAAGAAGGAACUUGUAGACAUAGCGACGAAGUAUCUUCGCGGCGUCAAGGGUGCGCUUGUGCAGCAGAAAAAGAGGGAUAGGGAGAAGGCUGCGGCAUUGGCUCAAGGUCAUCAACCCCAAAAUGCCUAUUCGCAGCCGUCUAACAGUUCAUACGUUCCAUAUGGCGGUUUUCCAGCUACACGACUGGGUCCACCAAACGCACGUACGGACAGCAUAGGUAACGGAUUCCAAGGUCAAGGCACGCAUUCACAGCAGGUGCAGAGCCAUGGUUACAACGACCAACAAGUCGAGAAUGCUUUGAGAGGGUUCUUGGGCAACUCAUGA